GUUGAGCAGCUGCUGCAGCUGCGGCUGAGGUCCUGUGUCUGUCUGAGCCUUUUUUUCAGAUACAUGAACAUAAACGGAGGAUAAAGUAUGAGCGACUGAUUCAGGAAUGAAUUUUACAUGAGCACAUGGGUUUCUACUCUUUUUUACCUGCGAUGUUUUCGUUUGUUGCAAAUAAAAGCUAAGCUAACCCAGCUAGCUAACAAGCUAUAGUGACUUCUCCUCCCCAGGAAGAAGACAAUGCAUCCUGAUGGCUUCCACUUCUGCAGCUGAAAAAGCAACGUGGCAUGAAGGUGACAGUUGUCUGGCUCCGAACCCGAGAGAUGGCACCCUGCAAGAAGCCAUUAUCCAGAGACUGACCUCCACCUUUCAUAGUAACGACACCACAGCAUGGGUGAUAUUUACUGACCAAGAUAAAGAUGCCGAAGAGGAAGAGGAAGCCAUACCUGUCUCAAAACUCAUUAGACCAGAAUGGAAUCACUUCACCCAGGAAAAACCAGUGUUUCCCAGCAGCGUCACAGACCCCAGGCUCUGUGUCUCGUUAGAGCUGAGCGAUGCUGAUGAAGACAGAGUCCCUUACACCAUCAACAGAUACCUGAGGGAUUACCAGAGGGAAGGUAUCAGGUUCAUUUACAACAACUAUGUCCGUUCCAGUGGUUGUAUCCUGGGGGACGACAUGGGCCUUGGAAAAACUGUACAGGUCAUUGGUUUUCUUGCUGCUGUGUUGCACAAAACAGGCACAUGGGAGGACAUCAAGAACAACAGGCCUCAGUUUCUGCAGAGUCAGAUCCCCUCCAUACAAAGUAAACCCCAAAAGGUGUUCCUCAUUGUGGCCCCACUGUCAGUGCUUUAUAACUGGAAAGAAGAACUGGACACAUGGGGUCAUUUCCAGUGUGUGGUGGUCCACGGGCUGAGAAAAAAGGAGGAGCUGGCUCGCAUAAAGAAGGGACGCAUUGAAAUUGCUCUCACCACCUACGAAACUCUGCGCCUUUGUCUGGAUCAGUUUAACAACAUAGACUGGUCUGCUGUGGUUGUGGAUGAGGCCCACAAGAUAAAGAAUCCAAGCUCUCAGAUCACUCAGGCCAUGAAGGAGCUGAAAUGUAAGAUCAGAAUUGGUCUCACUGGCACCAUCUUGCAGAACAACCUCGAGGAGCUGUGGUGUGUCAUGGACUGGGCCGUACCUGGUUGUCUUGGCAGCUUAGGACAUUUCAAGAACAAGUAUUCAGAUCCAAUUGAGCAAGGGCAGAGGCACAGUGCAAGCAAACGUGCCCUCGCCACAGGGAGGAAGACUGUCAGAGCCCUGGUGAGGAGGAUUGCUCAUUGGUUCCUCAGAAGGACUAAAUCUCUCAUCAAAGGACAACUACCUAAGAAGGAUGACAGGGUGGUGUACUGCUCUUUGACCAGCUUUCAGCAGACUGUGUAUCAGACAGUGCUGGACACUGAAGAUGUAAAGUUGCUGCUGAGGUCUUCAGAGAAAUGUGACUGUGAAAGUGGACGCACUCGCAGAAGCUGCUGCUAUGAAAGAAACUCCAAAGGUGUUAAAAUGAAAGGGUUAUACUUUAGUUACUUGGCCAUAUUGAGGAAGGUUGCCAACCAUGUAGCGCUGCUUCGGUCCACUGCAGGAACCAGCAAGAAUCAGGAAAAGUAUUUGAGUGCCAUUUGUCAGAUGGUAUUCCAAAAGUUUCCAGACUUUGCGCAAAGAUGCAAAGAUGAAUCAUUUGAGGCAUUGUCGGACCCAGCUUACAGUGGAAAAAUGAAGGUUUUGCAGAAGCUGCUCAAAUAUUAUCUGCAAAAGAAAGAUAAAAUACUUCUUUUCUCUCUCUCAACCAAGUUGCUAGAUGUGCUGGAGAGCUACUGUAUGGCAGAGGGGCUGGACUACAGCAGAUUGGACGGAACCACCAAAUCCAAAGACAGAGUCCAGAUUGUCAAAGAAUUCAACAGCUCCUCUCAUAUCAACCUCUGCUUGGUUUCCACCAUGGCGGGUGGUCUUGGUCUUAACUUCGUAGGGGCCAAUGUGGUAGUGCUGUUUGACCCCACCUGGAACCCAGCAAAUGACCUCCAGGCUAUUGACAGGGCAUAUCGUAUUGGUCAGUGCAGGGAUGUUACUGUUCUCAGGCUGAUCUCAUUGGGGACCGUUGAGGAGUUGAUCUACCUCAGACAAGUUUACAAACAGCAAUUGCAGUGCUCCGUUGUUGGCAAGGAGAGCUCCCGGCGGUAUUUUGAGGCAGUGCAGGGGCGUGGUGUCCAUAAGGGGGAGCUGUUUGGGAUUGAAAACCUCUUCAGGCUGCAGACCCAAGGGACAUGUCUCACACGCAAGAUACUAAAGCGAGAAGGACAAGUGGAGGCUGGUGUAAUGACAACCAGCACACACACAGGCGAAGAGAAGGAGGAGGACAGGAAAGGAGUUCGCGAACCUGGAGACUCUCCACCUGCAGAGGGCCUUGUACCAAAAGAUGAACCAGCAAAGGAGAACAGAGAUGCAUUAAAGAUCCCCAGAGGGGUGCUGGACUUCAGCAGUGGGAGUGAAGAGGAUGAGCAUAAGUUCAAGAGGAAGUCUUCAAACCUCAGUGCAGUGGAUGGCAACAUGGCAGGGAAUGCUGCCACUGGUCCUGGUCGAAUGAGUCUCCUCCAGCACGGCUUCUCCAGGUUCCUCGAAAGGGUCAAAGGGAGACCGGAGUUGGGUGAAGAGGACAGUAGUCCGGGGGUCGAAGAAAGCCUCUCUGAUACAGACGCUGAGGAUGACAGGAAAUUAAGAAAGAAUGAGUGUACCUCCAAUACAGGGAAUGGAACUGUGUGUCUCCCGAAACUUGGAACAAAAACCUUGGACAUCUCCAGUGGUUUAGACAAAGAAGACAGAAGGAAUGGGAGUGGGGUAAGACACGAGAAGGUUUCUCUGUUAAAAAAGAGUGAUGACAACUCCUCACCAGACAAAAAGCCCAACAAACUUAAAACAACAGUUCCCCAGGGGCACUGCUUUGAGGGUUACUCUGAUGAAUCCGAGGAUUUCGACCUGGAGGCAAGCACACGGCCCAAGAAGGACACAUUAAUCUCAAACAGUAAAGUGAGGAAAACUUCUAGUGUAAGGAACAAUACCAGAACCAAAUACACAGAAGCCAUAGAGACAUACACAUCUUCAGAGGAUGAACACACUCCUGUUAAGAAAGGGAGAUCUACAGGAAGUCACUUCACAUCUCCACAGACAGAACGAUCUAGGGUCGAGAUGCCAAAAGAUGGGCAAAGAGCUGCAACAACAGACAGGACAGAGAGACAGAGGACAGACAGAGGGAUGACCAAAGCUGUUUCAUUUACAAGUAUGAAAAGUCAAACAUCUCCAGCAGCCAAAGGAAAAGAUGGAACAAUCGAUAGUGUGCUAGGGGGCGUGCAGGAGGUGGCGUAUACCCACUCCAACCAGCGCGUGGUGGGUGGGAGCAAAGCAGAGGAGCUGAUCAGUAGAGCUGCUAUACGAGAUGUGUUUGAACGCAAGAUGUACUCUCAGCUCCCAGCCAAUCACCUUCUAGGAACCCCAGAGAGCCUGUCAGCAACCCCGCCAGACAGCCUGCCCUACCCUGCCGCUGUCAGGGUGGAGAAGCCAAGUGUGGACUAUCCGGUCACCUUCACCAGCAAGAGCAUGUGCCACACCAGACACACCACCUUCAUCAUUGGAGAGACUCCCCAAGCCAUACGCAGGCAGCAACUGGAGGAAAUGGCGGAAAAAUUCAAAUUUCCCUCAAUUCAUCAGUUUGUCGUGGAGAUUUUGAGAAGAAACUCAGCUCAGAGAGUGGCCUGGCUACGACAGUAUUACACUUCACUGAACCACCAGGACCUGGCUAAUACAGUCACAAAGAACUUCCCCCAGUCAGAUUCAGGGCAGACUACUUCAGCUGCUGCCUCCUCAAGAUCCACCAAAACAGCUGCCAGAAAGUCUCACACAGAGACCAGAGCGCCACAAAUGGAUGUUCCAAAAGCCACAAAGAAGCCUAAAUACACUCAGAAGAAUCUGGAACACAAAACUAAGCCUGAAAUCCCACAGGACAAUGUUUCUGUGCCACAGAAAAAGUCUAGAAUCCUACAAAAUGAUGUUUCAGAUCCCCAGACAAACCAUGAAAACCCACUAAAUGAUGUUCUAGAACCUGUAAGUAAUGUUCCAAACCCUGAGUCAGAGGAGCAGGAGGAGACGGUCCACAGUGCCAGAGGACACAGGAGUACAAAGAGGGAUAGUGUUUCUAGUUCUGGAGCUGGCUACAGAGCUGGUGGUGGUCUUGGCGUGGACGGGGCCAGCAGCAGUGGUCUGGGGUCUGGGAAGGCUGCUGCUUUCCUGAACCACACAGACAGAGAUACCCCUUCUUCUCCGGACCUCAGCCAUGGCAGGUCCACCAUGUUAUCCAAACCCACAGCACAGGAGAGGGAGCGAGAGCAGAAAUCGUCUUCCAGGACCAGAGACACUUUUCAAGGGCAGAGAGGAAAUUCUCAGACCCCUUCUGCCUCAAGUAAUCAUUCCUUCCUCACAGAUCUGAUAGGAGACACCUCAAUCCUUGAUGAUUUGUUAAAACCCAAACCCCGGGGUGCACAACGGAGGAACACCCCAAAAACACCCCCUACAUCCUCAGUGUCAGCGAGCACAAGUCUCGCCAAACUUUCUCCGUCCAGAAUAACUCUCUUAAAUAAUUCUGGUUCAACAGGCCUCUUAGACCCUCUCUCCUCUCUUAGCUCACACACACCAUCUACACACCAGGUCAAUACACCGGUGCAGGCAUCAAAGGCCGGUCGCAAAGACUUCUGGGACAUCCUGAAUGAGGGUAAUGAGGAGAGUAUCAACAGGUUAACAGACCUGGCAGAAGUGCAGAGAAUUUGUGUGAACACCAACUUUUCAGCUAGAAGUAGAUCUGGAGAGGAGGAGAGCAAGAGUCUCUGGAAGACUAAUGAAAAGUUCCUGUGGAAGAAAUAAGACAGAAGAUACAUUUUGGAUUUUUUUUUACUUUUAGGUUCUAAGGGAGGAAAAAACUUAAAUAGAUCAGAUUUUCUCAGCAUAUUUUAUUAUUCCAGAAUUGUACAUCAUUUAUACUGUUUUAAGAGAAAAUAAUAAUGACUUGUAUAAACAGGGUGCAGAUG